AUGCACGCCAUACGAAUUGCCCUACUUUUUGCAGUAGUACUUAUCACAAGCGAGGCUCAGAGACCAUCCUUCGCUGGUUUCAGACCUAUAGGAUAUCCAGAAAUCGAGACCAACGGCCCAAUAGAAAACAGAUUUGGUGAGGAAGUGCCCGGUCCGAUUGAAAUUAGGGGCAACAGAAACUUGAUGAACAGGUUCAAUAGUGAAAUGGCCAUCAUACGAUUUUCUCUAGCUUUUACUCUAUUAAUCAUCACAAGCGAAGCUCAGAGGCCGUUUUACGCUGGCCUGAGACCCAUAGGAUAUCCAGAAAUAGAGUCCAACGACCUAAUACAAAACAGAUUUGGAGAGGACGUGCCCGGCCCGAUAGAAGCUAGGGGCGACAGGAACUUGAUCAACAGCUUCACUCAAGCGCACAGUAAUCUUGCACUCCAGAUCACGAUGGCAACGUUAAACAUGUUUGUGAUUCUUGCAACCAUUUUUGUUUUGAACGAAGCACAAAGGCCCUUUUACGCGGGCCUCAGGCCCAUUGGAUAUCCGGAGACAGAGUCUAACGACCUCCUAGGCAACCGAUUUGGAGAAGAUCAGCCUGGGCCAAUUGAGGCUAAAGGCCUACGAGCGGUUGAGAAACAGAACACAAACUUGGCCCCUAAGACCGAACAGCUUUGU